AUGAAGUGUUCGGCAUUAGUCCUCGGCGCGUCCGCUGCUUUCGCGUCUCUCUCAGAAGCUGUCCUCCUUAACAACACCAUGACUGAUGUUGCUUGUGACAUUCUUGAGGCCACCGGCCUCAAGGUUCUGCGCCCCGGUACCGAGGCUUACCAGUCGCGAGAUGAGUCCUACUUCUCUGUCUCAGCUCAGUUGAGUCCGUACUGCAUUGUGCAGCCCACGUCCGCCGCGCAAGUUGCUCUCGCAGUCACUGCUUUGAAGACGACUGCUUGCAACUGGGCCAUUCGCGGUGGUGGCCACAUGACAUGGGCUGGCGCGUCGAACAUCGAUGAGGGUGUUACCCUCGAUAUGGGGCUGAUCAACCAUGUCGAGUACUCCCCCGAGACCAAGGUUGCCAGUAUCGGUGCUGGUGCUCUCUGGCGCGACGUUUACUCGGCGCUCGCGCAACACGGCGUUACUGCCCCUGGCGGUCGCACCUCGACUGUCGGUGUCGCUGGUUUCCUCACUGGCGGCGGUAACAACUUCUUCAGCGCCGAGGUCGGCUUGGGUUGUGACAAUGUCGUCAACUUCGAAGUUGUCCUUGCCAGCGGCGAGAUCGUCAAUGCCAACAGGGAGACCAACUCUGACCUCCACAAGGCACUCAAGGGCGGCUCAAGUAACUUCGGAAUCGUGACUCGCAUCGACAUGCAAACCGUCGAUGUCGUUGAGAUUUGGGGCGGCCAGGUCGUUUACCCUCUCAACACCACGGAGCAGCACAUCGCCGCUUACGUCAAAUGGGUCGACAACAUCCCCAACUAUACCAAAGGCUCAGCUGUGACGUUCUGGGCGUACUCGCCUGCCGCUGGAACCGUCGUCUCCGCCGCCCUUCACGAUACCUCCAACGCGGAGUGGGCACCGGCGUACGAUGACUUCCGCACCAUCCAACCCCAUUCCAUGGACACGUUGAGACACGACAGUCACUUGAAUAUGACCGUCGAGCUUGAGGAGCCCACUGGCUACCGCCAGAUCUGGAUUACUCUCACGGGCAAGAACGACGCUCGCUUCAUCCGCCGUGCCGUUGAGGCACAGGCCAAGUUCAUCGACGGCUGGAAGUCUUCUCAGGAUGCCGACUUCCUAAACUACAUCACGUUCCAAGCUAUGCCUACUCUCCUCUUUGACCACUCGGUUGAGAAGGGCGGAAAUGCCAUCGGCAUGGAUCGCGAGAGCGGCAACGCCAUCCUUUUCCAGAUGCAGCACAUGGUUCGCUCCGCCGACGCCGAGGCCGAGGCUCGCAAGCAGCUGGUUGCCAUGCGCCAGGAGUUGAAGGACUACUACAUCUCUGAGGGCAUUGAUGUCGAGUGGGAGUACCUUGGGUACGCGGAUGGGACUCAGGAUCCUCUCAGUACCUACGGUGCCAGCAACAUUCAGCUUCUGAAGGAUGUUGCUGCCAAGUACGACCCCGAGCAAGUUUUCCAAAAGAGAGUUCCGGGCGGGUUCAAGAUUUCUAAUGUUGUCUAA